AUGUUCGUGUAUAAGAGAGACGGUCGUCAAGAACCGGUUAAGUUUGACAAAAUCACGGCGCGUAUCUCGCGUCUAUGUUACGGUUUGGACCCUAGACAUAUCGAUGCGGUGAAGAUUACGCAGCGGAUUAUUUCGGGUGUGUACGAAGGUGUUACGACUGUGGAGCUGGACAAUUUGGCCGCAGAAACCUGUGCAUACAUGACCACGAUUCAUCCAGACUACGCUACCCUAGCAGCUAGAAUCGCCAUCUCUAAUCUGCACAAGCAGACCGUUAAGCAGUUUUCGCAGGUAGUAAGCGAUUUGUUUCACUAUGUGAAUCCUAAGAACGGUUUGCAUUCGCCUAUGAUAUCACAGGAGGUAUUUGACAUAAUCGAAGAGCACAAGGACGAGCUAAACUCAGCUAUCGUGUACGACCGUGAUUUCCAGUACAACUAUUUCGGUUUCAAGACUCUGGAACGCUCCUACCUUUUAAGAAUCAAUGGCCAAGUUGCUGAAAGACCACAGCAUUUGAUCAUGCGUGUGGCCGUCGGUAUUCAUGGCAGGAACAUAAAAAAUGUGCUCGAAACUUACAACUUGAUGUCGUUGAGAUACUUCACUCACGCUUCUCCUACUCUAUUCAACGCCGGUACCCCACACCCACAAAUGUCCUCGUGUUUCUUGAUAGCCAUGAAAGACGACUCUAUUGAAGGUAUUUACGAUACUUUGAAAGAAUCUGCUAUGAUUUCCAAAACUGCUGGCGGUAUCGGAUUGCAUAUUCACAACAUUCGUUCCACAGGGUCGUACAUUGCGGGAACCAACGGUACAUCGAAUGGGUUGAUUCCUAUGAUUCGUGUUUUCAACAACACUGCUCGUUAUGUCGAUCAAGGGGGUAACAAGAGACCUGGUGCAUUUGCGCUUUAUUUGGAACCAUGGCACUCAGACAUUUUCGACUUUGUAGACAUAAGAAAGAAUCACGGUAAAGAAGAGAUCCGUGCUAGAGAUCUUUUCCCUGCUCUUUGGAUUCCAGAUUUGUUUAUGCAGAGAGUUCAGGACAAUGCCGAUUGGACCUUGUUUUCUCCAAGCGAAGCUCCAGGACUAGCAGACGUAUACGGGGACGAAUUUGAGGCUCUUUACAAUCGCUAUGUCCAAGAAGGUCGUGGCAGAAAAACCAUUAAGGCCCAAAAACUUUGGUACGCUAUUCUUGAAGCCCAGACUGAAACUGGUACACCAUUCAUGCUUUACAAAGAUGCUUGUAACAGAAAGUCCAAUCAAAAGAACUUGGGUGUUAUCAAAUCUUCUAACUUGUGCUGUGAGAUUGUUGAAUACUCGGCCCCUGAUGAGACCGCCGUUUGUAACUUAGCAUCUGUCUCAUUGCCUGCUUUCGUUGAAACAUCACAGGAUGGUAAGACUCAAUGGUACAACUUCGACAAACUUCAUGAAAUAUCAAAAGUGGUUACUCGCAAUUUGAACCAAAUUAUUGACCGCAACUAUUACCCAGUUGAAACUGCCAGAAACUCCAACAUGAGGCACAGACCAAUUGCUCUAGGGGUUCAGGGUUUGGCCGAUGCCUUUAUGAUCCUACGUAUACCAUUCGAUUCUCAAGAGGCAAAGGAGUUAAACAUACAAAUUUUUGAGACAAUGUAUCACGCUGCUUUGGAAGCAUCUAAUGAGUUAGCUAAGGAACAUGGCACGUACCAAUCAUUCGCUGGAUCACCUGCUUCCCAAGGUAUUUUGCAAUUCGACAUGUGGAACAAGGAACCAACAGACUUAUGGGAUUGGAGCGCAUUGAAGGCCAAAAUUGCGAAGGAUGGCUUAAGAAACUCUCUAUUGUUGGCUCCAAUGCCAACAGCAUCCACUUCCCAAAUUUUGGGUAACAAUGAAUGCUUCGAGCCGUACACUUCCAACAUGUAUUCGCGCCGUGUGCUCUCCGGUGAAUUUCAAAUCGUUAACCCAUACCUGCUGCGCGAUCUGGUCGAUUUGGGUAUUUGGGACGAGGCUAUGAAAUCUCACAUUAUUUCAGACAAUGGCUCUGUACAAAACUUGCCAAACAUUCCACAAGAGUUGAAAGACUUAUAUAAAACCGUCUGGGAACUGUCACAAAAGGCGAUUAUUGAGAUGGCAGCUGACCGCGCUUGCUUCAUCGAUCAAUCUCAAUCGUUGAAUAUUCACAUCCGUGCACCUACCAUGGGUAAGCUCACAAGUAUGCAUUUCUACGGUUGGAAGCGGGGUUUGAAAACUGGUAUGUACUACUUGAGAACUCAGGCCGCCUCUGCUGCUAUUCAGUUCACCAUUGACAAGUCUGUCGCCUCGCAAGCAGGUGACAAAAUCGCAGAUUUAUCCAACUUAAACAGACCAGAAUAUGUUCCACGUAAAAUGAAUUUCAGCGAAGGCGCUGCUAAGGUAAAGGCAGUGGAAGCUCUAAGGGAAAUGGCUGAAUAUUCUCCAACACCCUCUGCGGAAUCUUCCCUGGUAAACAGUGUUGCGUCGCUCAAGAUUGAAGAAAACGUUCCUGUCACACUUACCACCGACGGCUCAAGCGAGAACAAAACGGAAGAUAGCACCAAACCUUCAAAGCCUGACGCGGAAGAAUUCGAUAUUUUCAACUCGAAAGUCAUUGCAUGUGCCAUUGACAACCCUGGCGCUUGUGAAAUGUGCUCGGGUUAG